AUGACAUUGCUUUAUGUGGUUAAAGCAGGUCACUCAGACUCUAUCUCCUACACAAUUUCCUCUGGAGAUCCCAAUGGUUACUUUGCAAUUGGUGUUAGCUCGGGUUUGAUCCGGACCAGCAUUCCCUUGGACCAUGAGUCUCAUCCUGUUGUGAUUUUGGAUGUUCAGGCUAGCAGUGGUUCCCCUCCUGCCUAUAGCAGUACGAAGGUCAAGAUCACAAUAUCUGACAUCAACGAUAACACACCGACGUUCCCCACCUCUUCUGAGUCGAUUCUGGUCCCAGAGAACACAGAGAUUGGCUCUGUUAUCUAUACCGUACAUGCAGACGAUCAGGAUAGCGGAGCCAAUGGCCAGGUUCAGUUCGACAUUGUUUCUAAUGAAGACAGGACAUUCAGCAUUGACCGAACAUCUGGGAAGCUACGCGUGAUCGGAUCUUUGAGCUAUGAAACGCUUCCACGCUAUGACCUGAAAAUUGUGGCUAAAGACAGUGGGGCUCCACAGCUCAGCUCCACCUUCACGUUAAUCAUUCACAUUCAGGACGAGAGUGAUAAUGCCCCAAUCUUUGAGACGUUGACCUAUAGGGUUGAAGUCAAAGAAGGGACGGCUGUUAACACUCGCUUUCUCCAGGUCCGGGCCCUGAGUCAGGACAGCAGAGACAGCCAUAUCACUUACCACCUGCGGACUGAUGGUGACUCAGCCAAUUUCGGAAUCCUUUCUGAGAGUGGCUGGUUAUAUGUGAAAAGUGCCCUUGACCGUGAGAACAAAGACCUUUUCAGUCUGACUGUUGUGGCUUCGAGCAGUGAGGGUGACCAGAGGAAAACAGGAACUGCCAUGGUGCGAGUCUGUAUCACUGAUGAGAAUGACAAUGCACCAAAGCUCAGUGAGGACCAAUACUUUUUCACCAUCCAGGAGAACAUGCCACCUUCAUCGCCCAUUGGACGGAUCCUAGCAACCGAUCGUGACCAUGGGAUUAACAGCAAACUGACCUACAGACUGUUCCCAGCACAUUCCAGCUUUCAGAUCGACUCCCUCACCGGUGAGAUAAGCUCAAGGGUAACUUUUGAUCGAGAGAGUCAGGCCAGUCACCAGGUAACUGUGCUGGUUCAAGAUGGUGGGACCCCUCCUCGCAGCGUUACCGGUUCGGUCUACAUCAUGGUUUUAGACGAGAACGAUAACUCACCCAUCUUCACCAAUGUGCCAAUGGGAAAGGAGCUGGUUGUUCAGGUUAUUGAAGGAAAUCAAUCAGGAAACCUGGUGACAACUUUACAGGCGAAGGAUGCAGAUGAGGGAGAGAAUGGCACUGUGGUUUAUUCUUUGGCAGGACCCUGGGCCCAGCUUUUCUCUCUUCACCCAACCUCUGGUGAACUGCGGACAAGCACAGCGCUGUACAGGCUCGAGAGACCUGAGUAUGAGUUGACAGCCCUGGCCACUGACCGUGGACAACUGUCCCAGACCACAUCCCUCGCAGUCCGUGUCCAGGUACUGAGCUCUGCCAACAGCCUACCUCAGUCUGGUAGCAACUCACUCACCUUCAGUUCCAUCGAAGGGAUGGCCCCAGGCUCUGUCAUUGGUUCAGUGGCCUCCCAGGAUGCAUCGAGACGUGCCAAUGGGCAGGUGACAUACACCCUAGUGGGUGGAACAGAUGUGGAUGGGAGAUUUGUUGUGGACAGAUUCACAGGUGACAUUUACUUGGCGCAGGAGCUGGAUUAUGAAUUGGGCUCACAUUACCAACUGGAGAUUGCAAUUGAUGACCUGAGUACAGCUCUCCCCCAUAGCACUCUCACUAUCGUCGACAUUAAUAUUGAGGAUCGUAAUGAGUACGCGCCACAGUUUGCUGAGGACCCCAUCACUCUGGUCGUCAAUGAGAAUGCAGUAGUCGGUACCUCCAUCUACACUUUCCAGGCAGUCGAUAAAGAUGGAAGUGGUCCCAACAGCCAGAUCCUGUACACUCUCCUCCAACAAACUCCCCCUGGGAACGUGCUUCAAAUUGAUCCCAUGACUGGAAUACUAUCAGCAGCAGCAAUUGACCGGGAGACCACUCCAUUCUUCCUGCUGGUGGUACAAGCCAUGGACCAAACAGUGGAGAGCACCCAACGGAAAUCCUCAGCUGUAACAGUUCGUGUCUUUGUAACCGAUGAGAAUGACAACGAGCCCCAGUUCCUGUCUCCAUCAGUGCUCCAGGUCAUGGAGGAUCAGCCCAUUGGCAAUAUCAUCUCUUACAUCGUCGCCCAGGAUGCUGACCUGGGAGAGAACAGCCGACUCAGUUACCGGAUCAAAUCUGGAUUGGGAGCUAACAAGUUACGACUCAAUCCGACAACAGGGGCCUUGUCCAUUGUGAAAGAGCUGGAUUGUGAAGAGCAGAGUUGGAUUAACCUGACGAUUGAGGCCUCAGACCACGGAACAUUCCGGCGCUCAGCCACCCAGCUGCUGCACAUUCAGCUGAUUGAUGUCAACGAUGAGGUGCCAACAUUUGAUAAGAAACUUUAUGAAGCCAGUGUCCUGGAGAAUCGAGUGGCUGGCACUCAGGUCAUUCAGAUACAUGCCACUGACAGGGACCAAGGUUUGAAUGGUGUUCUGAGAUAUGGAGGGCUGGUGGAUGACAGCUUCUCUAUUGACCCAGUGACUGGUAUCAUAACAACCAGUCGAGCCUUAGACAGAGAGCAACAGGAUCACUACCAACUCACAGUUUAUGCUAAAGAUAGUGGGAGCCCUCCCAAUGUUGCUACAGUGACAGUGUCCAUCGAGAUCAAAGACGAGAAUGACAACAGGCCCAGGUUUGAGAAGGAUGUGUACGAGCUGCAAGUUCCAGAAAACCAGGAGCCAGUCCCCCUCUUCACAGUGAAGGCAACAGAUGAGGAUUUGGGUGAAAAUGGACGUGUGCGAUAUGAGAUCAUUG